UGAGAACACUUCACACACCAACCUCUCCGACUUCACACUCAGUUACGGCUGUUAAGAAAGGCAAAGCAUGGACGUGGUCCAUGGGAUGUGUGUGCAAUGGCUACUUCGGUGUGUCCUCUUCCUGGUAUCGCUGCCGUUUCUUCAAAGUAAAGAUGUCACCAUGGUGAUAGGAGAGGUGGGCGGGGCUGUGACUAUCCCCUGUACCUCAGACCUCUGUGAGAACCAUCUGGUCUUCAUGUACAUACAGAGACCUGGUUCCAAUGGAAAUAAUCCCCGGUUCAUUAAUGGCUACCAUAUGAAUAAGCGGUUAGACCCUAAGGAGUACACUAACCGCACACAUGUAGACCCCAGACAGCGAACAAUGAAGCUGUGGAGUAUAUUGCCGUCAGAUGAGGGGCUGUACGAGUGUCACAUUCAAUACCAAACCAAGAAGAAGCAGGAGAACAUACAGCUCAAUGUGACAGCCAACUACAGCAUCCCCAUUGUAACGGUGGCCUGUGACAACGUCAUUUGCUUGGUGACGUGUUCCUCCGACAGUGGUUACCCUCGUAGGGACAUUGAGUGGAGCCCAAACCCUCCUCUGAACCAGAGCCACUGGAGAGUAGUGAACAGUAGUGAUGUGACAGACCCGGUCUCUAUGCUGUUCUCUGUCUUCAGUUCCAUAUCCGUCAACUGCUCCUCCGGACCCCGGCUGAACCUCAGCUGUGCUGUAGGGGGCGCCCUUUCACAGGAACACACUGUCUGCUGGCCUCAGACAGGCUCUCCUGAUGCUUAUGUGACUUCUGCAGUUGUGGCUGGUGCUGUUGCUCUGCUGUGUUUCCUGCUGGCUGGGCUGUUUGUCUUCAAGGAAAGGAAGGCUCAGACAGCCAGAGUUGAUCAAGAUGGGGAGGAAGCAGCAAGGCCAGCUGAAAGGGUACAGCUCACCUGCAGGAACCUAGAUUCUUAAUGGAACUUGGAGUCUGUAACGUUGUACACUUGGAACCCAGAAUAUGGAAGGUUAUUUUAUUGAUACGAUAUCUAUAAAUCUGAAGUGCUGUCUUCUGAUGGGACCAGGGAAAGGUCACUGAGGUGACCUACAUAUUGCCUGGACUUGGCGUCGUUGAAAAUGAGGUUAACUUUCCUCUCUACGCUGGAGGACAGGCUGGACAUGAGAGGUGUUUUCAUGAUUUUGAGAAAGACUGGGAGUUGUAUAAAUAUUUAACCAGUAUGUUCAAAAGACUGAGUUCCAAUGAAGAACUAGACAUGCAAUGACUGUCCUCAAUGUGUGCACUAUUGUAAGGCAUGGAGUUAUCCAGGGAAAUGUGUUAAAGUCAAUAUACAUGUGGAUUAGGACUAAUAACCUGCACUGCACUUAAACAGAGUGUACACGUAUCUAAUGUGCACUUAUCAGGGGUUGACUGUAUUCAACUGACUCAUGUGCAAUUGUAAACUGUGUAACUGUGAAGCUAUCUGUGUAUUAACCACAGUUUACGCAGUACAGACAUGGCCAUGACAUCUCUAGGUUUUUCCUAGGUUCCUGCCUUCUGGGGAGUUUUUCAUUAUCUGACCUCUCUAUUCCAGUUUCUAUACCUGCAUCUACCAGUAAGACUGAGUCCACCCCACAUGUUACUGCCUGUAUGAACUGGUUUUAAGGAACUACAUAACAUGUGCUGGUUGUUCAGUGAGACAGCAAAAGGUGGAUGAUGAAUAAAAAAUGUUUUACUGAUUAUUUCAGUAUUGAAAAAAAGUUGAAUCUUUGAUAUGUAUGCUACAUAUUUAUGACAUGUUAAGUUGUUCUCAUGUAAAAUAGUCUUGAAGGCUACAUAAUAUUUGUAUCCUAUUUUUGAUAAGUUAUGAAUAAGUUAUUUGUGUUAAAUUAUGUAUUUCGACUUUAUACUAGUGCAUAUUCUAUUUUCUCUACUUCGAUAUAAUUAAAGUGAUAAAGCUGUUGACAAAAUUUGUUGAAUUGUAUAAAUCAUUUCAAUUUUCUAAAUCAGUCACAUAACUUUUGGAUUGCCCACACUCAGUAACGUAAUCGGAUUACUUUCAGUUACAUUUGGAUUACUUUCCCCUUAAGAGGCAUUAGAACACUGGUGUCUGUGGGUUUUUGCUCCUCCCUUGUACAGUACUUGAUUGAUGAAUUAAGGUCACUAUUUAGUAAGGAACACCACAUCUGGUUGUCUAGGUUUUUAUUGAAAGGGGGGAAAAAAACUAAAACCUGCCGACACGAUGUGUUACAUCUGCUCCUGCCACACCCUCUACUGCUCAUCCUGUGUCUCAUUGACCUGCCUCCACUCCGCCAGUGCUCUCUCCCUCUCUCUCUGUGUGUGUGUGUGUGUGUGUGUGUGUGUGUGUGUGUGUGUGUGUGUGUGUGUGUGUGUGUGUGUGUGUGUGUGUGUGUGUGUGUGUGUGUGUGUGUGUGUGUGUGUGUGUGUGUGUGUGUGUGUGUGUGUGUGUGUGUGUGCGUGUGUGAUUGUGUGGGCAGAGACAGGUGUCCUGGAGUCAGAGCAGAUCCCCACCAGCUGCAACCCAUUCCAUAAUCAAGACCUCUACAAAUACUCAGCCCUGCCACUUCCACACUGUCAGAUCGUAAUCUCUGCUCAGUCAGUCUAUGCUUCUAGCUGUUUAGAUCCAGUUGUGCCUGUUUUCCCUUGCCUGAUUCUGGUUUCCUCUCCUCUACAGUUCUGACUGAUCUGACUCUGGUUCCUGUCCCCAGUCCCACGUCACAUCAUCCUGCUUCUCUGUCCUGGAUUCCCCACUCUACUGCUCCCUUGGAUUCCCCAGCCGGACCUGCUUACCCUGUUGCAACAACUCUCAGCCUCCACACCUGGUUUCCUACAACCCGCCCGAGCUUCACCUGGCCUGCACUCCACCUUCCCCCUGUUUAAUAAAUACCUUGAAUACUUUA